GGAUCCGCCCCUGGUUUUGAAUGUCCUCGGUGACAGUGUUGGGGGGGCAGACAGUCAUGGCGGCUCAGACGCGGGCUCUGGUCUCCGGUCAGUGGUUAGCAGAAGCGAUCAGGAACAACCUGGUCGGGUCCAAACUCCGAAUCCUCGAUACUUCGUGGUAUUUACCGAAAACCAAACGGGACCCAAAAGCUGAAUUCGGGCAGAACCACAUCCCGGGAUCCUCGUUCUUUGACAUCGACGAGUGCAGCGACCGGACCUCCGCCUUCGACCACAUGCUGCCCACGGACAGUCACUUCUCUCGGUAUGUCGGACACCUGGGCAUCGGGAACGACACUCACGUGAUCGUUUAUGACACCAGCGACUUCGGCUCCUACAGCGCGCCCAGGGUGUGGUGGAUGUUCCGGUUCUUCGGACACGACCUGGUGUCGGUUCUGGACGGAGGUUUUAAGAACUGGCUGACAGACGGUCAUCCGGUCACAUCUGAGUUCACCAAACCAGAGUUCAGGAAGUUUGAGACGACAGUGGGUCGGUCAUGGGUGAAGAGCUACGAAGACAUGUUGGAAAACGUGAAAACCAAACAGGUCCAGGUCGUGGACGCCAGGUCAGCGGGGAGGUUCCGAGGGGUCGAGCCGGAGCCCAGAGAUGGUGAGCUGGUCCAAAGUUCUAACCUUUAAGGCUGUGAUGAAAAUGAUGGUAGAAAUGAUGUUUGAGUGUCACAGUAACUAUCCUAAUAAAAGGGAUUUAUGACCACAGAGAGUUAUUUAAAAAGUGAUUUUUCACACAUGUGAAGAAAUCUAAACCGUGACUGAUAAUGCUUUUCUAACAUAUUCAAGGUUUAACUAGUUCAGGUAACUAGUCCCAUGUUGACACUUCAUAUAAUGUAAAUCAUUGAUUCCAAAUCAGGUGAUUUUCAUUUGCUCUGAUUCUGGUUUGAAGACUCACCAACAUUUAGCUGUUAUUGUAGGAGAUAUAGAGACUAUCAUCAGUGGAACUUAAAAAUGGAUAAAAAUUUAACAUUUGCUUUUUAAAGUGUGCAAAUAUAUAAAGAGCUUAUUGUAUUUUUAUUCACACUAGUCUACAGUGUCACACUUAUAUCCACUGGUGUUUCCUAGUUUGGGAGAAACACCCCCACUUCAAAAACACCCACCCAGUCCUUCUUUAUUUUUCCUCCUGGCAUUCAUUAACAGAUUCAUGCUGCUCAGUUGGCCGUUUAUUUACAUGCUGCCGAUAUAAUCUGGUUUUGACUUAAACUGAUUAUGUGCCCUGAAAAAACAGAAGAGGUAAGUAAAGACAGUAAGUUAAAGUGAAGGUUAUCUGUGGUGAUAACCUGCUGCUGACAACUCAGAGCAAACUGAAAUAAGAUAAACUGAAAUAAGAUAAACUGAAAUAAGAUAAACUGAAAUAAGAUGAACUGAAAUAAGAUAAACAGAAAUAAGAUAAACUGAAAUAAGAUAAACUGAAAUAAGAUAAACAUAAAUAAGAUUAACUGAAAUAAGAUGAACUGAAAUAAGAUAAACUCACUGAAGUCAAACACAGAAACUGCUGCACAUGUACAGCUGCUCAAAAUGAAGGAAAACCAGCUGUGAGUUUCAGGUCAGUGAGUGUGACUUUAUAUAACAGUGCACUCUCAUAUACUAUACUGUACUAUACUAUACUAUACUGUACUGUACUAUAAUAUACUAUAAUAUACUAUACUAUAGUUGGGAUGUGUCUGCAGUUUCUGGUGGUUCAGAUUGGACUUUGGAGUAAAUGUAAACAGAAAUGAGACAACAUUGAAGGCAGUGCUCAGGUUUGCUUUCAUAACUUUAACUAGUGUAAGACUCUAAUGAUUCACUCACAGUGUAUGACUGAAUACUUGUUAAUCUGUUCCCUACGACAUUACCUGCUCCAGACCGGGAUACAUGGGCAGCAUGACUUACGGUACAGACAAGAAGAACCUCCUUCAUUAUCCAAAAAUAAAAAUCAAUAAAUUGUACUCGGUUGUACUGGAGGACUCAGUUAGGACCAGUGUCUGUUGAUUAUCUCUGUAUGAAUAAAGUUUUGUUAUUAUAAAAAGGAUAAUACAUAAUAAAAGAGUAAGAGCAGAAAAAAUAGAAUCCAAAAAGAUAAUGUAAAAAAAAGAAGCGUUAUCACGACUGGUACUGUCAUUAUCCAGCUGUUACCAAUUCAUGUCAUGGAGUCACAGGAUGAAGUGACGUAUAAACACAUUUCAGAAGAAUUGUACAUAUGAACCUGCCAUCCCUGUUUUCUUCCACAGAUACACUGCCAGGUCAUUUCCCUGGAACCAUCAACAUGCCGUUCCCCACAUUCAUGGACGCCUCUGGAAAGGAGCUUGAAUCUGACGCUCUUUCCACUCUGUUCAAAGAUGCUGGUGUGGACCUGCAGAAACCAAUCUGGGCUACCUGUGGGUCUGGGGUCACAGCGUGUCACGUUGUUCUGGCCGCUCACCUGCUCGGGCACCCCGGGGUGUGUGUUUAUGACGGCUCCUGGUCGGAGUGGUUCAAAAGGGCGUCUCCAGAGCUAAUAAUCUCAGAGGGAGAGGGGAAGAAGGUGUGAAGGAGCCAGGAGCUGUAGGAUAUGAGGCCGUGUUUCUACUGCUAAUGAUGGUGAUAGAUGAAACAUGGUAAAACCAGCCUUAUGGAGCACUUUAAACUAACCCUCUGAAAGGACUGUUGUGUUCGGUAUACAGGGGGCACUUAGGCUGACUCCUUUAGUAAAGAGGGUAGCCGAACUAUCAGGGUAUGUUAUCAUAGUAGUUAGGGUUGUUAACUCUGAGUGUUUGUGCAGAAAGGAAUGAUUUUAAUAUUAAGAAUAAUGGAAAGAACACUUGGAUAUCCUUGAAAUUGUAUUGUCGGAUUUUUAUGAAAUAAAAUGAGAUAACAUGCAAAGUAAGUACGAAUGUUAAGAAUUUAUUACUGCCAUAAAAAUCAAAGAAAUCUGCAGUUUAUCAUAUAGAUGCUAAUAAGCUUAUCUUUGAGCCUUUGUCAUAAACACGUUCACACACACUUUUGGACAGUUGUUUCAUGUAUCUGCUGUAUUGAUAACAGUUAUUUUAAGAUUAGCAUUAUAACACCACCUCAUUUCUCCAUCUUUUCUGAGUCUCUGCUAACCUAAGUCAUGAGGGGAACACUCACUGUACACAUAAGUGACACAAUCUGUAGUACUGAAUAUUAACAUAGACUUCAUACAAAUAGAAGUUGGCACCAUUUUUCUUGUGUAUUUAAAGAGAUGAAUAUUAAGCUUUAGUUCAUUUGGUUAUUAAAUCCAGAAAUGUUGUCCUGUGGUAACUGAGGGCUUACAACUCUAAUUUAUGUCACUCUUUUAGUGUCUGUUAAAUUAACUAGGAAAACAGUUCAAAACAGUUUUUAAUGUCAGCUUAUACAGGUGUGUUUACUGGUGCAUCUCAAUAAAUUAGAAUAUCAUUAAAAAAGUAAUUUGGUUAAAAAAAAAAGUGAAACUCAUGUAGAUCCAGACCACAGACUGAUCAUCUUUAAGUGCUUAUUUCUUUUCAUUUUGAUGAUUGUCACUUACAGCAAAUAAAAACCCAUUUUCUCUGAAUUAGA